UUUUGAGGAUUUUUGGUGAAUGAUUUCAUACACCGACCGGUACCACAAAACAUGGGUUAACCUCUCCUCUGUCGUUGUGAUUCUCUCUUCACUCGUGUAAUGUUUUUUUAGCCUUGUUCCGAUCCUCUUUUAUCUCUCUCUCUCUCUCUCUCCUUCAACGCAUUCCAACCCUGUGGCGCUAUACUCUCCUAGAUCUACUCUCUAACGGAUUUGGGUUCAAGUGACUCUUCAAAAUGGUAUUUUGCAUCAAUUAUCCAACUGGGUCGCUUUCCAAUACACAAAUAGGUUGGGUCCACUAAGGUGUGGUCAGUCAUAGAUGGCCCUCUCGGCUUCGAGGGCGAUGUCGAAGGGUGUGGUGGUAUCGGUGCCUGUUCUGGUUCUAUCUGCUUUAGUGGCUGCGGUGUUCUUGUUCUUCCUUUUGUCCUCUCUUUCAUCCUGCUCCUGCCCUCAUUCUUCAGACAUGUCUGUCUCCAAUGCUAGGAGUGCUGGUGUUGGUGAUGCUGUUGGUGUUAGUGUUGGUGUUUCUGAGCCUAGCAGCGGUUAUGUUCCCAUAUCAACAAGGAAGGAGGAUGUUGAGUGGGUGAAAGAACAAAUCCGAGCAAAUGGGCUUCAUAUGCAAGACAAUGUGCUUCGCAAGGGGAUCAACCCUCGCACUAGGGUUCAGCAACUUGAGGAUCUUAGACAAUUUAAAGGCAUAUCUCACUAUGAGGGACCUGAAGCAGAUAAUCACACAGCUUUGCCAUGCCCGGGGGAACUCCUCGUUGAAGAGCACCAUAGCAACUAUGGUGAACCUUGGGCAGGGGGAAGAGAUGUGUUUGAGUUUCUCGCUCAAACCACUCAACUCAGACCAGAAUCACAGGUGCUAGAGAUAGGCUGUGGCACUCUUCGAGUUGGUUUGCAUUUCAUUCGAUACCUAAAUACUGAACACUUCCAUUGUCUUGAAAGAGAUGAGCUCUCUCUGAUGGCCGUAUUUAGGUAUGAGCUUCCAGCCCAAGGCCUCUUGCACAAACGGCCAUUGAUAGUUAAAGGGGACGACAUGGAGUUCACCAAGUUUGGUUCUGGCACAAUGUAUGAUUUGAUCUAUGCUAGUGCUGUAUUUCUUCAUAUGCCUGAUAAACUUGUGUGGACCGGACUGGAAAGAUUAGCAUCUAAAUUGAAACCUUAUGAUGGACGCAUCUUUGUAUCACAUAAUAUAAAGUUCUGUUCAAGGUUGGGAGGGGAGGAAUGCACAAAGAGGCUUUCAAGUUUGGGGCUUGAGUAUCUUGGGAAGCAUACUCAUGAUAGCUUGCUAUUCAAUCACUAUGAGAUAUGGUUUGAAUUUAGACGGACUAAGGCAUAAGGUAUGGACUGAUUUUAUAGAAAAUCAUGAGAAAUAUUUCUAAAUGGCCUCAUGGCAUUAAAAUGUGCUUUGCUCAUUGUGUCAAAUCUUUCUUCAGCAACUGAAUGAUAUCCUUCCUUUGAGCCCUAAGGGGCUGCACUUCUACUCAGCUGUUCAUCUCGUGCCAGAAAUGAAUACACUUUUUACUCUUUUAAAAAGAUAAGAACCAUGUGUAAUUUUGAUCGAGGAAUGAGGACUCUACAAAGGCAGGGAGAUUUGUAUUAUUUUUUGGGGUCCUUUUGUAGAAGGGCUAGCUUCAAGUUUACAUUUUUCACAUUAGUUUCUAUGUAGAUUCUGAUAUGAUAGUUGUAUUUAGUGAUCAUAUUAUCUUGCAACUGAAUGCUGUUUUGACAAUUAUUACACUA